GGAAAAACAUUAAGGGCUGCUCAGUUAUUGACCAGUUGACGUCGCCCCGUAGACAACAUGUCUGUCGCUCUAGCACCGAUCUUAGCCCUGUUGCUGGUGGCCACCGCACAGUCGGCAACCUUAAGUCAGUUUCCCCCGUUCGAAAAGCAGCAUCUAACCGGGAAUUCCAAUCUGCGUGUGGCUCCGCGUGCCGAUGAGGCCACCUAUCGUCUGCCAAAUAAUACGGAGCCAGUGGACUAUAAUGUCGAGAUUACCACGAAUGUGCACAAGGGCGAGACAGCCUUUACCGGCAAAGUGAUCAUCAGCCUGAUUGUUACUGAGGACACCCCCGAAAUUGUGGUCCAUGCGCGUCAGCUGGAGUUCAUUGACGUGAUAAUACGCAAGGCUGAUGCCACAGCUGAAACUAAGCUCGAGUAUAGUCGUGAUUUGGAGCGUGAGUUCUACAAACUAACUGCUAAGGAUGUGAUCUUUGAGGAGGGCAGCAGCUGGGUGCUAACUAUCACGUAUUCGGGCACACUGCGAUCGGAUAACGGCGGCUUCUAUUUGUCUACGUAUACGGAUGAGACUGGUGCAACAAAAUACUUGGCUACCACACAGUUCGAGUCGACCGAUGCUCGCCACGCAUUCCCCUGCUAUGAUGAGCCAGCGAAACGGGCCACUUUUACCAUCACCAUCAAACACGAUCCCAGCUACAAUGCUAUCAGUAACAUGCCAGUUAAUGCCGAGGCUUCGAGCUCUGGCGUUACGACAUUCGAAACCACUGUCAAAAUGCCCACAUAUUUGGUUGCCUUCAUUGUAUCGGACUUUGUGUAUACUGAGGGUGAGAUGAAUGGUCUGCGCCAGCGCGUUUUUUCACGCAAGGGCACUGAGAAUGAGCAGGAAUGGGCACUGACGACUGGCAUGCUGGUGGAAAACCGCCUGUCCGAUUAUUUCGGAGUGCCUUUUGCUCUGCCCAAACUGGAUCAGGCGGCCAUACCUGAUUUUGCUGCUGGCGCCAUGGAGAACUGGGGAAUGGCCACCUAUCGCGAGGAGUAUCUGCUGUACAAUCCCGAGAAGUCCACAAUUAACACAAUGACGAACGUUGCCACCAUCUUGGCGCAUGAGGAUGCGCAUCAGUGGUUUGGUAAUCUGGUUGCCAUCGAAUGGUGGGGCUAUCUCUGGCUAAAAGAAGGCUUUGCCACACUCUUCGAACAUUUGGCUGUCGAUUUGGCGUAUCCAGCAUGGGAUAUUUUCCAACUGUUCCACGUUGGCUCCUAUCAGGGUGCCUUGAGCGUUGAUGCCAAUCCCAGUAUCCGCCCCAUGACAAAUUACGUGGAGAAACCAGAGGAUAUAGGAAGGCAAUACGAUUCGAUUGCGUAUGCCAAGGCAGGCUCUGUUCUAGACAUGUGGCGUCAUGCGCUAACCAACACUGUUUUCCAACGUGGUUUAACUAACUACCUGAAGGAUAAACAAUACUCCGCUGCCAACGAGACAGACCUGUUUGAUGCCAUUGGGCUAGCCGCUCGGGAAGAGAACUAUGAAGUGCCGGCCAAAAUUGAGGAUAUGCUUGUUAGCUGGACACGUCAGGGUGGCGUCCCAGUACUGAAUGUGGAGCGCAACUAUGAAAAUGGUUUCUUCACCGUUCAGCAGGAGCAGUACACCAACGACAAAAGUUACCAGAGCAGCCUGCUUUGGUAUGUGCCGUUCAAUUAUGCCGUCCAAUCGAAUCCCGAUUUUCGCAACACCGAAGCCACAGACUACCUCCUCAAUGAGAAGCAGAAGCUGAUCGAAGCCAAAUCAAACACCGAUGAAUGGUUGAUUCUUAACAAGCAGUCCACUGGAUACUAUCGCAUCAACUACGAUAAUCGUAACUGGGAGCUUAUCAUUGAUGGUUUGAUAAAUCAUUCGCACAAGAUUCAUGCGCGUAAUCGCGCCCAGCUGAUUAGCGAUUCCUAUAACUUCGCCACCAGCGGCCGCUUACCACAUGCCACAUUGCUACAACUGAUGACCUAUCUGCCGCAGGAGAAUCAAUAUGCACCCUGGGCCACGGCCAACACAGUUGUCACGCUCUUCAAUCGCUACCUGAGUGGCGAUGAGGACUACUCUGACUUCCAAUUCUACGUGUCCGAGCUGGUCAGCGAUCAGUUUGACAAAUUUGGCGUGAAUGACCUCGCCGGAGAGCAUCAUUUGGUCAAGUUUACGCGGAACGUGGUCAUCAAUGUGGCCUGCAUGGCCGGUUUGAAGAGCUGCUUGAGCGAAACGAAUACCAAACUCCAAAGCCUGGUCGAUAAUGGCACUCCCCUUGAACCCAAUCUACAAACACCUAUCUACUGCAAUGGCCUAAAGCAGGCCAAGGAUGACGUCUUCAACUUUGUGUACGACAAGAUGAUGAACUCCAACGAUCAAGCCGAACGUCGUCUGCUCAUAUCGGCACUGGGAUGUGCUCAGAACGAGAAGCAACUGGAAAAGUAUGUGUCCAGCAGCAUUGAUCAUACCAACAAGUUGCGCACCCAGGAGCGCUACACGCUCCUCUCUCCGACCUAUUCGCGUGGCACUGUGGGCUGGAAUGUCUGCGUUGAUUUCCUGAUGAAUCAUUGGCAGGAGUAUGGAGAGCUGAAUUCCGGCUUUGGUGGUGUUAAUCCCCUUUACUCGGACAUAGUUGGCAUGUCAGCCUACGUGGUGAACGAAGACCAAAAGGCCAAGCUACAAUUGCUGGUCGAUGAGGUCAAGAAUUCCUUAUUCGUGCCCGACACAAUACAGGUUAGCGUGGAUUCCGUCAUUGCAGCCAACAUGGAAUGGUUGUCGACCAAUCGUGGACCCAUAAUUUCCUGGGUAUCCACCUAUCGCAACGGCAGUCCAGCUUUAGGUGCAUCUGCUUUAGCCCUGGCACUUUGUCUGUUGGUCGCAAAAUUGUUUUAGGUGUUACUCACAAUUUUAAGUUAGCUUUAGAACUAAUUCAUCCCUAAUUCACCCACAAAUGUAUGUACAUAUAUACAAUCGCAAUAUUUUGAUUUUCUAAUAAAACACAUAAUAGUUGA